AUGCCGUCCCCACCACCUGACUGGGUCAAGGCUUUGAAGCCGUCUGGCCCGCAGGGCUCCGAGCUGCUUGCCCAGGAGCGCGCCCAAUCCAACAUCAACGUCGAAAAGUUGUCCGAGUUACUUCACACCAAGGAAGCACUGCAAAGACAGCAGAAGAUCCUGUCUUUGCUUGAACCGGAGAAGGUCUUUGACAAGUCCCAGAACCACACUCUUGGUCGCGUUGAGCGCCUGCAGCGGUCGUUGGCCAAGGGCAAGCGCCUGCAACAGCUGGCCGAGCAGGAGAAAUGGACCACAGAAGAAUACCAUGCUGCCAAUGACCUCAUUGGUGAGCCCACACCAUAUGGCCUCCAUGCGACCAUGUUCCUGGUGACCCUCCGCGAACAAGGAACCCCCGAGCAACACAAGAUCUUCCUCGAGCGUGCUGAGAAAUACGAAAUUAUUGGUUGUUACGCUCAGACCGAGUUGGGCCAUGGAUCCAACGUCCGUGGUCUGGAAACCACUGCCACCUGGAACCCCGACGAUAAGACCUUCACCAUUAGCUCCCCGACCCUGACUGCCUCCAAGUGGUGGAUUGGUUCACUGGGUCGCACUGCCAACCAUGCGGUGGUGAUGGCUCAGCUUUUCGUCGCCGGAAAGAACUACGGUCCUCACCCCUUCGUGGUUCAAGUCCGUGACCUCAAGACUCACCAGCCCAUGGAGAACGUCUACGUGGGCGACAUCGGUCCCAAGUUCGGUUACAACACCAUGGACAACGGUUUCCUGUUAUUCAACAAUGUUAAGAUUCCUCACAUCAACAUGCUUGCCCGCUUCUCUAGCAUCGACAAGGAGACCAACAAGUAUGCCCGCCCCGCUUUGCCAACUUUGGUCUACGGCACCCUGACCUGGGUGCGGUCCAACAUUGUCCUUCAGGCUGGUGGUGUUUUGGCCCGUGGUGUUACUAUUGCGACCCGCUACGCCGCCGUCCGAAGACAGUUCCAGGAUCGUGAUGCUGAGCCCAACGCUGGUGAGAACCAGGUCCUUAACUAUAAGAUGGUGCAAAUUCGUUUGUUGCCACUAUUGGCAUCCAUGUAUGCUCUGCACUUUACUGGCCGUGGUAUGAUGCGUCUUUACCAAGAAAACCAGAGCCGUAUGAAGGCGGCCGCUUCCCCUGGUCAGGACUCCCGUGGUGCCGGUCCCGAAGAGCUUCGUGCAGGUGCCGACUUGCUGGCAGAUCUACACGCCACAUCUUGCGGUCUGAAGGCUCUUGCUAGUACCACUGCUGGUGAGGGUCUCGAAGUUUGCCGUCGCGCAUGCGGUGGCCACGGUUACAGCAGUUACAGUGGCAUUGGACCUUACUACUCUGACUACCUGCCUACUCUUACCUGGGAGGGUGACAACUACAUGUUGACCCAGCAGGUCGCUCGCUACUUGCUUAAAUCUGCCCGUGCUGUCCUUUCUGGCAAGGCUGCUGAUAACGAUACUGCCCGUAUUCUGCGCAACUACCUUGACCGCCGUGACAAGGGUGCCUCCUUCGAUAUUCUCGAGGAGGAUGCAGAUAUCGUGGCUGCCUUUGCUUGGCGCACAGCUCACUUGACCUUCGAGGCCCUGAAGCACCGUGAUGCCGAGAAGCGAUCAUGGAACAGCCUGUUGGUUGACUUCUGGCGUCUGUCGACUGCUCACUCGCAAUACCUCGUGGUCAAGAACUUCCACGACGCCGUCACAUCCCCCGAGCUAUCCUCGGCCUUGGACCAGGACACCAAGUCUUUGAUGCACUCUCUCUUCCGUCUCUUUGCCCUGCACACUCUUGAGCGUGAGGCCGCCGAAUUCUUCUCCUCGGGUGCUGUCACCGUGCGACAGAUCACUCUGACCCGCACCACAGCUGUGAUGAAGCUCCUCGAUGAGGUUCGGCCACACGCCGUUCGCUUGGUGGAUGCUUGGGCCAUUCCUGACUGGCAGUUGGACAGCAGUCUCGGUCGCUCUGAUGGCAAGGUCUAUGAAGAUCUGUUCCGCCGGGCCAGUCAGGAGAACCCGGUCAAUGACCUCGUGUUCGAUCCCUACCCGUGGAACAACAACGUCCUUAAGAACGAGCCAGCUAAGAGCAAGCUCUAG